AUGCGCAUAAAAUUAUUUCUGCUGGAUUAUGUAAAAACUUGCCUAGCCAAGUGUCAAAAUUUACCCCCAAUCGAUACUGAACUACUUUUAGAAGAUAAUGCUGAAACUAAUGAUAGCGGUAAAGAAAGUAACGUUGAGCAAACCAAUGAAGAAGAUCAAGAUAAUGAAAUCGAGAAUGAAAGUAAAAUAAAAGGACUUGACAAUGCUAGUGAAGUGGAUAGAGUUGAAGCAGAUGAGUUAGAGGAGACUGUUGAAAUAAAGAAUGAAAACGAAGCUAAAGAAGUAAAUAAUGAGGAUGUAACUGAUGAAGCUAAUAAUAAAGAUACAGUUGAUGAAGAAAAUGAUGAUAAUAAUAAUGAUGGAGCGGAUAAAUUAGAUAAUAUUGUAGAAGCUAGUAAUAAUGACGAUGUUGAAACUCAACUAGAGAAAAAUGAUGAAGUAAGUAAUACAAAAUUAGAGAAUGAAAGAGAUGGUGUGAAUGACGCUGAUAUUGGCGAAUCUGGAAAUAAAUCUCAAGGUAACGAAGAUGGUAUUCAAGCAAGAGAAGUUAAAUCACUUGAAAUAGAAGAAACACAUAAAUUAUAUAAUGAAAAAUCUGACAGUGGGUAUGAUUAA